CCAAGCAAGGGGAAAUGUUCGUGGAAGACUGAUCUUCUGUCUUUGUUGUCCGGCCUAGAUGUACCUUGCAAAGCCCUGCCCUUGCGUUGAAGUUUCGCACAGGCAAAAUUUCCACACAUCUUCUUAUCUUGCUUGACAAAUCCACCCUCUGUUGGGCUAUAGAUAGAGCGUUCAUUCGUUCAGACCAUCAAGUAAAGAGAAGGAAGCAAGGAGAGAAAUCCAUUGUUUUUGAGUGUUGCAGUGACCAUCCAAUUUCUCAAGCUUAUCAUGGCUUCUUUGAUUGCAAGGUUGGGAGGACCAGAAAUUAUCAGGAGAGCAAGUUAUGCUGCUUACAACAGUGCUAAUGGAUAUGUUUCGCAAGAUUUUGGAAAUAACACAGUUUGUGUAGCCUUUUCGGGUUCUCAAGAUCCCAAUACCAUUGGUCAAAUAGACAAUAAAUUUGGAGUUGGCAAGAUCAAUGAGAAUAAUGAUUGUUUUGAGUCCAUGGUGGAUGGGACUACAAGAAAGGACCGGGACCGAGCCACUGUCUACAGAGCGGCUCUCAUCAAAUUUUUAGGUCUUUGGAACGACAUCAAAACCCAGGUUGGAGAGGCACUUCAAACAGGAAAAACUGUUGUGUUUACAGGCCAUUCCAUUGGAGGCGGGAUUGCUACUUUGGCCACACUUGCUAGUUUGGAGAAAUGUGGUAAGGGCGCCUCUGUUUACGCCAUCACAUUUGGUUUUCCCCUGAUUGGAGAUGAAAUUCUAGCCAGAGCAGUUCGUAGGCAGGGGUGGGCCAAUCAUUUCUAUAAUGUUGUUUCAAAAAAUGAUGUUUUUGCCAGAACUCUGCUGGCUCCUUGCAUAUCUGUGUCAGGCUUUGUGGCAGCCCUGCUGCCAUACUGGAAGAAGUGUGUUGAUCAUAUGAAUGGUGUUGAUUCUGACACUCCUAUGGGGCCUGAUGGCUUGGAGUUUAACAAGUAUUUAGUUACUGUCCUGCACCAUGCUUGUGCAGUGGUAAACUUGAUCACUGUUAACAAUAUGGAGCCUGGAAACAAACUGAUAGCAAGUCUGAAGCCUGCAGUUAAGUUAAGCCCUUACAGGCCAUUUGGGUACUAUUUGUUCUGCUCAGAGGAGGGAGGUCUUUUUGUUGAAAACAAUGAGGCUGUGCUGCCCAUCCUAUUUUAUUCCUUGACAAGUGCUCAAGGUGAGGCGUCAAUCUCAGACCACACUGGGUAUGAUACAGUCUUCAAUGCCCACACAAACGUCGUCAAUUUGGAAGGGCUUCAAAAUCUUCCAUUGUCACAAGGUGCAGCACAAUCUUCUGCUAUGGAGAUCCAACUGAAUGCUCUUGGAAUCGGCAUUCAGAACACAAGAGCUAGACUCGCACUGAGAGCUGCAGGAGAGGCAGAACAUAAGCUCGAAGACAACCGCAACAAAUUAAAGGAUGAACUGGCAAAGUUGUUAGCAGAAGGGCGUGGCAAGGACGCAGGACAUAUGGUACAAGUGAGAGAUUAUAGAAAGAAAUGUUUGAGCAAGAACGUCAUUGGAUACUAUGACGCUUUCAGGGAACAAAAGGAGAAGGAAGAUUUUCAGGCCAACCUUAACAGGCUUAACCUUGCUGCCUUUUAUGACAAGCUAGAAGAUAUGGCGGAGACCCACCAGGUGCCUGAUGACUUUCAAUUCAUUGAAGAUCUGAUAAAAGAAGGAACAGAAUACAGGCUUCUGGUCGAGCCUCUGGACAUUGCUAAUUAUUACAGGCUAGGCAAACAUGAGGAUUCCGGACAUUAUAUUAGAAAUGCAAGGCCUCGUCGUUAUAAAGCUCUUGAAAAGUGGUUGGCAGACAUAAAAUCCGAUGAAAAGAAGCGAGAUGUGAUUAGUAGUCUCCAAGUUAUAACAAAGGACUCCUUAUUCUGGGCUCAUGUUGAAGAAGUUUCAUGGAUAAUGAGUAAUCCAAGGGAAAAUCUAGAGGUUAAGAGGACCAGGUGCACCGAAUUACAGAACUAUGUGAAGCAACUGUUGGAGAGACAAGAGUUAUGUAAGGAGGAGGUUGUGAUGGGAGAAUCCAGUUUUGUGAAAUGGUGGAAGAAGCUCAGCCCACAAGACCAACAAGCCUCCCCCAUAUCCUCUAUUUUUCAAGGCUGAAACUGGUGAUCCUAUUAUCAGAUCUUGAAUUGCUCCUCCUAAGAGAUACUGUGGUUGAAGUGGAGCAAUUGCUGUUAAGAGUUGAACGUUAAACUAUGUGUUUGUUUCAAUUAAGCGUUCUCCCUGGAGAGUGCUACAUAAACUUAUAUUGUACUGCUGUAGGGUUUUUUUGGUGUAGUUUCUCUUUCGAUUGUAGAUAGCUUUUAUUUUACUCUCUUUUGUGAUGCAGCACAGGAAUGUUUUCUCUGGUUAUUCGAGAAUACUAAAGUAAAUUCUAUCUAUGUAAUUUCAAUGGUUGAAAAAAAAAAUUGUAGGACUAUUGCUUUGUAAA